AUGGGUUAUCACCUUGCAAAUGAACUUGAUGACUCCGAGCUUUCUACUCCUUCUACUUCUCAGCACUCAUGGUGGAAAUACUUUUGGAAUCUGAAAUUACCCUCCAAAGUUAAAAUUUUUAUGUGGAAAGCUUUUCAUCGAGCCAUUCCUACUGCUGCUUCAUUAUGUAACAGAAAGAUAAUUGAUUCUGCAGCAUGUAGUCUUUUCUCUAAUGCCUGGGAGUUUGUAGAACAUGCACUGUUUCCCUGUAAACAUGCAAAGAAAGUUUGGCAUUCUGCUGGUUUCCCUCUUGAUUAUGAUGUGCUUUCACGAAUGAAGUUCAGUGAUUGUCUGGUUUUGCUAUCCAUCGUUAAAACCACUUCUGAAAUGGAACAAAUGUUAUGCACGAUGUGGUUUUUAUGGACUGACAGGAACACUUACAUACAUGGCAAACCAGUCCUUUCUUCAUCACAAAUAUGGGCAAAAUCUGCUGCAUAUUACUGCAAUUUUCAGCAGCAUUCUACUAUUCAGAACUCACCCACGGUCUCUACAGCUGCGGCUACUCAAUCUAAAUGGAUUCUCCCACCUCUGAAUGAAUUAAAAAUGAAUGUUGAUGCAGCUUGUGAUGUUUCCUGUAACAAAAUUGGUGUUGGUAUUAUUGUUCGAAACUCUUCUGGUCAAGUUGUUGCGGCUUAUUCAAAGUCUCUCACAGGUAGAUACAAGUCACAAGAAAUGGAAGCUAAAGCUUUACUCACGGGAUUAGAUUUGGCUGCUCACCACAAUUUGUUGGUUAAUCAUUUGGAAUCGGAUUCUCUGGUUUUAGUUAAUUCCAUUAACUGUCAACAUACUGCUAUUUCUUCCUUUGGUGAUUUAGUUUUGGAUAUUAAAAAUCGUUUAUCCUACCUCUCCUCUGUUUGUGUAUCUUAUGUUAAGAGAGAUGCUAACCAAGCUGCUCAUGGCUUGGCUAAACAAGCUUUGGUGUUGGAUAAUGAUUUAUGUGGUUUGAGGAAAUUCCCUCUACCAUUUUCUCUGUUGUUGUAA